AUGCCUCCCAACUCUGCAGUAAGCAAACAAGAGAAUGUCUUUCUAUUCAUCCCAAACCUCAUUGGGUAUACCCGAAUCAUAUUCGCCGUCGCAUCCCUCCACUACAUGCCCUUCCACCCACGGACCUGCUCCCUACUGUACAGCAUAUCGUGCCUCCUCGACGCCCUCGACGGCGCAGCCGCACGGCGUCUGAACCAGUCAAGCCGGUUCGGCGCUGUGCUAGAUAUGGUCACUGACCGCUGUACAACCACAUGCCUCCUCGUAUUUCUAGCUAGCGCUUUCCCUAAAUGGGGCAUACUCUUCCAAGCCCUAAUUAGCCUUGAUUACUCCAGUCAUUAUGUUCAUAUGUAUGCCACUCUGGCUAUGGGUGGGAAUCGGAGCCACAAGGAUGCUAGCGACGAGUGGCCUUGGGCUUUGCGGGUUUAUUAUUCGAGCUCCAAUGUCCUUUUCACUGUCUGUACGCUCAACGAGCUGUGCUUUAUCGCAUUAUACCUUCUAUCAUUUUCAUCGGACCUUAACCCGCCACUCGAGGGCUGGUCCUCACCCUGGGGUGCAGGGGCAAUGGAGAUGAUUCGGGCAAACAAAAUCAACCGUUACUGGCCCCAGGUUCUCUUUUGCGUCUCCUUUCCAUUCAUGCUUUACAAGCAAUAUGUCAACGUGGUUCAGUUUGUUCAGGCUAGCAAGUGGAUUGCUCAGGGCGACCUUGAGGAGAGACGUCGAAGUAGAUCCUCGCGGAGGAGACGGAGUAAAUUGUUGAAUUAA